AUGGCAACCCUAUCAAGAUUCCAGUCAAUACAGCGUCACAAUCUCGAGGUAUUUCAACAGCAACCCCUUGCCGAGAUAUCAGGUUCAUUGGGCGAUCUGGGUACUUUCUUGCCAAUCGUGAUUGCACUGACUCUAUCCCAUCAAAUAUCACUGCCUACGACGCUCGUACUUACAGGCAUCUUCAAUAUCUUGACGGCAUGUUUCUUUGGUAUUCCACUACCUAUGCAGCCGAUGAAAGCCAUCGCCGCUGUUGCCUUAUUGAAGAACUUCACAGCCGGCCAGACACAAGCCGCGGGAAUCUUCGUUGCAGCUUGUAUUCUCUUCUUCAGUGUAACCGGCCUACUUGGGUGGUUUACUUCUGUUGUACCUAUUCCUGUGGUCAAGGGUAUCCAGGUCGGAGCAGGGUUAUCUUUGAUUAUAUCUGCUGGGGCUAAAGCUGUGAACGAGUUGUCAUGGACUGGUCCAUCUUGGGAAGACAACUACAUCUGGGUCAUGUUUACCUUCAUCGCUCUGUUGAUGUCAGCAGCUGCCCCAAGGACGCCCUAUGCUCUGUUGGUUCUGAUGCUUGGCCUUGCUCUGGCCGCUUUCCAGUUGGGCCAUGCUAAAGGAAAUCACGGUCCAGCUUUCCGUCUUUGGCUCCCUUAUACUCAAGUACCAGAUAAGGAUGAGUGGAAGGUGGGCGUGCUGGAGGCAGGCUUGGGACAGCUCCCAUUGACCACCCUGAACUCCAUCAUUGCUGUCGUACAUCUGUCGGCGGACCUUCUUCCAGAAAUACCCACACCUUCAGCCACAUCGAUAGGGCUCAGUGUAGCAUUCAUGAAUCUCUUUGGCUGCUGGUUUGGAGCCAUGCCUGUUUGCCACGGCUCAGGGGGACUGGCAGCGCAAUACCGGUUUGGCGCUCGUUCAGGAGCCAGUAUCAUGAUUCUUGGUAUUGUCAAGCUCCUGCUUGGAUUAUUCUUUGGUGAAACUCUGGUUGGCUGGUUGAAGAAGUUUCCUACUGCCUUGAUCACAGUAAUGGUGAUUGCCGCUGGACUGGAAUUGGCUAGCGUCGGAGAAAGUCUGAACACCAUUGCAGCUCGGGAUUUGGAGAAAGAGCCCGGACAGGCGGAGCGAAAGAGAAGAUGGAUGACCAUGCUCGUGACCAUCAGUCUGCUGGUUGCCUUCAAGAACGAUGCGGUUGGCUUCAUUGCUGGUAUGCUUUGUCAUUGGAGCUAUGAAAUGCCGGAAGUGCUGGCAAAGCUUAGAAGAAAAACUUUUAACGGCCACUGGACCAAUGCAAGUCUGCACGAAGAGCAAAGUCUACUUCCGUAG